GCGUGCUGCAGUCCGCUCCCCCUGCCUUAGUUGAGUAAACUACAUGGACAUUAGCGGGCGCAGCGGCACGACCGCCGAACCAGAGUGGAUUAAAAGAGCGCGCGCGCGCGCGUGCGGAGCGUCUGCGCGAGCGAGGAGGGCCCGGUGUGUGACCGCGAGUCCGCCACGGCAGUUUGCGGGCGAACGGCGAAAGGAAGAGGCUGUGGGUGAAGCGACGAGCGCCGCGUAUUGUGUGUGUGUGCGCGCGCGCGUGUGUGUAUGUGUGCGAGUGUGCGAGUGUGCCAAGCAGCGAGAGCUCGGCGGCGGGAAUGGCUUCAUCUCCGUGCGGCAACAGUAACUUUGAUUCCGGUCUGGAAAUCAAAACUCGCUCGGUGGAGCAGACGCUCAUUCCUCUCGUAUCGCAGAUCACCACUCUGAUCAACCACAAAGACAAGCCAAAGAAGUCCGAGCGCACCCUUACAGCCGUCCACAAGGUGGGCCAGGCUGUGAACGUGGCCGUGGGACGAUUUGUUGCCGUCGGGGAGGCUAUCGCUGUCGAAAACCAAGAGCUAAAGGAUGAGAUGGGUCAAGCCUGCUUCGAGGCUCGCCGAGCAGGUGAUGCCAUAGCCCAGCUGACAGAUGUGGGAUCGUCCUUGUCGUGCCAGUCGGACGGACAUGUCACGGUGUUUAGUGAUAGGACGGGGAUGGUGAAAGCUGCACGCUUGCUCCUCUCUUCAGUCACUAAAGUCUUGGUCUUAGCCGACCGCAUUGUCAUUAAACAAAUAAUCACAUCACGCAACAAGGUCCUGGUUACCCUUGACCACCUGGAGAGAGUCAGCACAUUCCAGGAAUUUGUACAGAUUUUCAGCCAGUUUGGCAAUGAGAUGGUGGAGUUUGCCCACCUCACAGGAGACAGACAGAACGAUUUGAAGGAUGAGAAGAAAAAAGCAAGGAUGGCUGCAGCCAGAGCAGUUCUGGAGAAAUGCACCAUGAUGCUCCUCACAGCCUCCAAGACCUGCCUGCGGCACCCAGACUGCGAAUCGGCGCGGAUCAACAAAGACGCGGUGUUUCACAGAAUGCGCUGCGCCCUGGAGCAGGUCAUUGAGAUAGUCACAGAGGCACGGAUCUGUGGGGAGAACAAGGUCCUUCCUGCCAGCAUCUACAACGGCAUCAAGGACUUCAAGUCCACCGUGGAGUGCCUGCGGGAGAACCUGUACUCCUUGUCGCCCCAGAGCGUGAGCAGUCAGCUGGAGGCUCUGGUGGAGCGGACAGAGGACUUCACUGAUUCGGCCUACACCAGCCACGAGCAGAGGCAGGCCAUCCUAAGUCUGUGCCAGCUGGCUCGCCAGGACACCCAGCAGCUGGUGCAUGCCUGGGUUGAGGCGCAGUCUGUCAAUGCCAAAGAGGCCACAGAGGACAUGGAGGUGGCCAUCCUGAAGACAUGCCAGAGCAUCAGUGACCUCAGACGUGAGCUCCAUAAAGUGGCCGCUGGCCGCGCGUCAGACUUGCUCAAAGUUCAGGGGGAGCAGUUGCCACUGCGGGCUCUAAAGGCUGCAGGUGCCGAGGGAAACCUGGAGGCGGUCGCAGAGUUUUCUCGCACGCUCAGUGAACAGAAAGAGCAGCUGGUGGAGACCUGUCGGCUCCUGUGCCAUGUGUCAGGGACAGAGCCCCUUGAGAUUACCUGCAUACAUGCGGAGGAGACCUUCCAUGUCAUUGGUCCACAGAUUAUCUCUGCUGCCCAGACCCUAGCCCUCCACCCAUCCAGUAAAAUCGCCAAGGAGAAUCUGGAGGUGUUCUGCGAGGCCUGGGAGUCGCAGCUCUGUGACAUGGCCCUGCUGCUGCGGGAGAUCAGUGACGUCUUUGAAGGCAGGCGAGGAGACAAAAGACCUUAUCUGUCACUGCCCAGACCCGGGAAACACUCUGCCAACUUGAAGACUGCCAAAGCUGUCAAACUGGAUGCAGAGGAGCAGACAAGCAUGGCCAAGCUGGGUCUGGAGCUCCGUCUGCUUUCAUCAGACAUGGACACCGAGCUGGAAAAGUGGGAGGAACCAGAACAUGACAUUGUUCGGCAGAGCCAGAGCUUGGCCAGCAUGGCCUACAACAUGUAUCUGUUCACCAGGGGGGAGGGGCUGCUGAAAACUACAUUAGACCUUUUCCACCAAGCUGAGGUUCUCUCUGAUGAGGGGCUCCAGCUGUGCUCGUCUCUCCGUACUUUUGCUACUCAGCUGGUUGAUGAGGAGAAGCCUGUAGUGAUGACAGAGAUGGAGAAACUGGUGGCACUUUGCCAACAGCUGCAGAUGGGGGCCAAGACUCCUGUACAGGGCAAGACUGCCACCUUCCAGAAGGUGGACUCGUCCAUUCAGAUGACCAGAAGCAUACUGGCUGUGGUUCUCUCGAUCAUCCCAUUUUGUAACAGAAAGUAUAAAUCAGAGAGGAGCAGCCUGGGUUCCCCACAGGACUGGAGAGAGAAGCUGGAUGCAUCCACGCCUGUCAAGGAGGAAGGGGCUCUCAACAGCAAAAACACCAAUGGCUUUGGUGUCAAGUCCUUGGAACAAAACAUGGCUGUUCUCAACCUCCUGGAGAGCAAAUAGAUCAGGAAAUGACACCCUCCCGUAUUCCACUUGGAGCAGCACAAAGCCAACUUCACCUUUCUGGAGAAGGUAAUCCAAGAAAGUCUUUACUUCCAUCAUCCUCAUGCACUCACCGCCGGGUGAACCACAGCUUGCAUGGGGUGAAGAUGGUUCUAUGACUGACCCAAGUACUGUUGGAUUACUACAUUUGUAUUUGCUUUCUGGAUAGUGAAUUCAAAUGUUUAGUGCCCAGGGGUGGAGCACACCACACCAGGAAAUUGUUCCCUGAAGCAGCAGUUCCACACCAGUCCACAAGGUGGAGACAAUCAGCCAAUACUAAGACUAUACCAUUGGUAGUCUCCUCUGAGAGAAUCCUGAUAUUGGAAUCAGUUUUAUCACUGACCUUAAUAGAAUACAACUGUUGAUAAACCAGGCUUUCUAUUAAGUUCAGCCAUACAUCUGUCUAAACUAUGUGCCUCUGUGUAACAAGAGCAUUAGCUUUGUGAUGUGCUGUAAACGUGUCACACAUUUUAACCAAAUGGGAAAAUACACAUAGUGAAAAGGCUGAAACCCCAUUGUGCAUGAUGCCCUCAUCACCACUCCUUGUGUUUACGUCUCCUAUGGACACCAUCCUAUGCUUGUAAAGUUAACUCUUGUUAUGUAAUGCUAGCUAUAGUGGUGCAUUCUGUCCUUGAUCAUUGGCACGGUAUUCAGUGUCUCACCUGGAAAAGUAAAUAAUUUAAAAGUUGAUGACACCAUGUGGUUAGUUUCUAAAUUCCAUAUUGUUUUCGAUGAAAUAUUUCCCAUGUGCCAUAUUACUGUCAUAAUGCAAAAAUGUUCUAUUUAAUGCCAAAUACAACUGACUUCAUGAUGAUGCUGCGAUACUCAGCUUACUACUAGUAGGAAAUAUAAAACUUUUAGUGUUACAGUUGAUGACACCAUGUGGUUAGUGUCUAAAUUCCAUAUUGUUUUCGAUGAAAUAUUUCCCAUGUGCCAUAUUACUGUCAUAAUGCAAAAAUGUUCUAUUUAAUGCCAAAUACAACUGACUUCAUGAUGAUGCUGCGAUACUCAGCUUACUACUAGUAGGAAAUAUAAAACUUUUAGUGUUACAGUGUUCAUUACUGGAUUGUUAUUUGUUCUUGGGGUCAAGCUGAUAAAGAUGAUGCUGAUACUUUUGAAAAGUUCAGACAAUACUUCCUGAUGUCCUGAGUAUAAUCAAACGAUAUUCUGUAUAUACUGCUGUACUCCUUGACUUCAACCACCCCCCAUAAAAGAAAAAAAAGACAACCGCGACUUGUCUGAAUUGGAGCCAUAAAGUGUACUUUUCCUUGUGAAGCCACCUGGUCAGCAAACGCGUAUUAAGGUAUAUGAUUUGUAUAAUGUGGUACUUGAAUCAGAUGUAUUCCCACACAGUAAUGUAUCCUAAAGGUAAUGACCCUGGUACUAGGUCAAGAUGUAAUGAUGGAAAUGAUUAGCAUACGAUAAGCUCUAGAAUCGCUUUGUACAGUGCGAAUGCAGCAAAGGAAGCUGGGUAUUGUAGUGGCUCUACAGAUGUGAAGAAAUUACAGCUUUAGUUUUGGAUCAUCUAUUAUUUUGACAAAUAAAAGGCUAAUUAAAGUGACACAAAAAUAAAUAAUAUUUUUCUUGAA